UCCAGACUGUUUACAGCCUGUUGACCUGCGGCUGUUCAAACAGUCUCUGGACUUUUCAGUGUUUCGAAACCUCAGCCUCUAUAAAACCUGUAGAGUCUGAACAAAGCUUCAGUGAGAACAGAAGUAACUUUAGGAUCUGAAGAUGAGACGUGUCAUCGUUCUGUUGGCUGUGUUGUGUGUGUGUGAUGGUGUAAAGUUCGGUCAGCUCUGCAGCGGAAACUCAAACAACAGGAGGAGGACGUCAGACACCUGGGGAGAAGGUCGCUACGGAGCCAGACGGGGAAACAGGGACCAUAAAGGUCUGGACAUUGUGUGCAGUGAUGGAUCGACUGUCCUCGCUCCGUUUGAUGUGACUCUCGAAGGAGGACUGACCGUCUACAGCGACCCCAAUAAGGCCGCCAUCAACAGAGGCAUCAACCUGAGAGGAGAGGGUUUGUGUUUCAAGCUGUUCUAUGUGAGGCCGGACCGAACUUCUGGAUCAGUGAGGAAGGGGCAGAGGAUCGGCACCAUGCUGCCCAUGCAGGAAGUUUACCCCGGGAUCACCUCACACGUCCACGUCCAGAUGUGUGACAGGACCGACCCCACACCGUAUUUCAACUGAUUGGUCGACUGUUUGAUUGACCUGCUCGGGAUCUGAUCAAUUCAUCAAUGACCUGGUAAACUAACUUGGGACCUGACUGACUCAUUGAUCACUUGUGUAACCCUCUGUUCACACAUCUCUCUCAUGUUUCCUGUUAAUUUUGAACUGUUCAACUUCUAUAAACUAAUAAAACCCUAAAAGGAG